AUGCACGCACAGUUUAUGGAGAAAGUAAGUACCUUUAGUACUAUAGUAAGCGAGUGGUCAGUUGUACUACCUUGCGUAUUAUUAUGCGAGUUACUAGAGGUAGAGUCAGCGCGACUAUCUAGAUAUUACCUCAAAAUGUUCAACAUCGAAUCUAAUCCGUCUACUUCUUCCUCAGGCUUAUUAUUAUGCGAGUGGUCAUCGUGUGUCAUCUGGUGACCACUAGUACCUAUUUUUAGCCGUUUGAAUGAUGUCAGAAGUCCUUGUAGUGCUGUGUCAUAUUAACGUCCUGCAGAUCCAUGUUAUGCCAUUUUGAUUCUUCAUAUCCCAUGUCGAGCACAUCGCUCAGAACUGUGGUAGCAAAGACGACAACACGUACCAACCUGGUGGAAACGCUACGAUGUAUCGCGUUGUCCACUACUCACCAGGCGAUCCCGAACUCGUUCAUCUGAAAAAAUGCGCACAGAAAUGCACUGAGAACGUGGUCAGUGGACCUAUUAUGCAUGAAAAUGAAUUUCCUAUCCGUAGUUAUGUUUUUACUUUUAUUCGCGAUUUUGAUUAUAUCAGACUCAUUUUGUUUGCGUCCAGCACUACAAAGACAGAUCUCGCGACGUUCUCGAGUUAUCCCGCCUCAUGCAUUCUGUCAGAAGUUAAGAUGAAGUAAGAUCACGACACUUCUUCUGUUGCAGCAACCCAACUUCUACCAUAGCUGCGGAUUCCGAGAACCAACGGCAUCGACAAAAACCACAAGAAUGGCGAUGGCUGCUAGCAACACUACUUUUACAUCUGGGGAACAACUUUUAAUUACUAUAGACCUUUUCAUUGCUCACGGUUGCGGUGGUUUCGUUUACGAACGGUCCAAGGUCAAUGAUCCCACAGCAAACCUAGCUGGUGUACUAGGAGCAUGCACCUUGCGUAGAGGACCUGUCGUGAUGAGCGAUUCGAAUCCGUGUCCUCAACUACCUCAAGUCCGUUUUUACAAACGCAUGUCAGCUGUGGUGACAGUGACGGAGGAUAAGACGCUGUAGUGACAGUGGGAAUGGAGAAGAAAACGCUGUAGUGACAGGAGUGGGAGUGGAGGACAAGACGCUGUAGUGAGAGAGGGAAUGGAGAAGAAUACGAUGUGAAGGUACGAUGUGAAGGAGAAGAAGGACUCAUUGUGAAAAAGACUUUGAGGAGGUGGUACGGUAAAAAAGAUGUUGUGCUUUUUAGCACAGAAGCUAAAGUUUAGGGUGCUUUUCAACAGAUAGUACAACUAAUGAACAUCAACUCGCACGAACUGGGGUCGGGGAUCGCAACACGACACGCCGCUGUCAUGAAAAAUAAUGAGUUCGUUGCCAUUUAUCAAUAAAUCGUUCCAAAGAAGACCUGACUCUACUCAUGAGAACAGUGUCGUUCUAACUAACAGCGAAUGUCAAGAAUAUAGAACAAUGGUUUCACUUUGCUGCGUCACUGAAUCUCCGCAAGCAAAAGAUUCAUGAUCAGGUCGGUGUUUCCAAGAAGAGUUACUUAUUUAGGCAAACAACGUGGAUCACGAGUAGAGAAAGAGAUUUGCCAUCAAUGAUUAGCCAUCAAUUGCCUUCCG